AUAUAAGGAAGCCAGCCAGGAAUGCGGAUCUUUCCACUGUCGUGCUCUCCGAUCUUUCCCCGCGCCGCGAUUGAAGGUCUUUGCCAGUUUACUUGAGCGAUCUUUAGUUGGCUUCAAGUGAUCAGCGGGGAAGUAUAUUUGUUUGUUUUCUUCAGUUCUCAACUGUUAAGAGUUCAUGUCUGAUCUUGACGUCCAGCUCCCCACUGCUUUUGACCCGUUUGCUGAAGCAAAUGCUGACGACUCCGGUGCUGGUGCCAAGGAAUACGUGCAUGUGCGGGUACAACAGCGGAACGGCAGGAAGAGUUUAACCACAGUGCAAGGAUUAAAAAAGGAGUUCAGUUAUAACAAGAUCUUGAAGGACCUGAAGAAGGAGUUCUGUUGCAAUGGUACUGUUGUCCAAGAUCCAGAGUUAGGGCAGGUUAUUCAACUCCAAGGUGAUCAGCGAAAGAAUGUGUCUAACUUUCUUAGUCAGACCGGCAUAGUGAAGAAGGAAUACAUCAAGAUUCAUGGUUUCUGAGUCCAUGCUUGUUUAGCUAUCCGAGCAGUGUGUGACAUUUGGUAGCUUGUUUCCGCUUUGUUUGCUUGAUACCUGAACUCUCAAGACAUCCGAAUAAGAUGGAAUAUUUGAAAGGAACCUUAUCCACAUUAAGAGAAGUGUAUUUGUUCGUGUUGGAUCAUCGCUUGUGUAUAAGAGGCCUCAAUUUUCUUUAGUAUAAUUCGAAGUCUCAAUGUGAUUCCAAUAUGCGCAAAACAUUUUGUGGGUCGUACAAUCGUCACAAAGAGUGUAUUUGAAAGGGAACUCUUUUUCUUC